AUGAUCACUCUCGGGUCAAACUGAGCCAGCUGGGGGAGGAUCCACACUCAGACUACAUCAAUGCCAACUUCAUGCCUGGCUACACAUCCCAGCAGGAGUUCAUUGCCACCCAGGGGCCCCUGAAGAAAACAAUAGAGGACUUCUGGAGGCUGGUGUGGGAGCAGAACGUCUGCAACAUCAUCAUGCUGACAGUGUGCAUGGAGAACGGGCGGGUCCUCUGUGAUCACUACUGGCCAUCUGAAUGUGCCCCAGUCUCCUACGGGCAGGUCCGGGUCCACCUGCUGACGCAGAGCAGCUCCGAGGAGUGGACCAUGCGCGAGUUCAAACUGUGGCACGAAGGUCUCCGGGCAGAGCGGCACGUGUCCCACCUGCACUACACGGCGUGGCCUGACCAUGGGAUCCCGGAGUCCACGACUUCUAUUAUGACCUUCAGAGAGCUGGUGCGGGAGCACAUCCAGAGCACCAAGGACGCGGGGCCGACCCUUGUGCACUGCAGCGCCGGGGUGGGCCGCACUGGCACCUUCAUUGCCCUGGACCGGCUGCUGCAGCAGAUGAAGCAGGAGAAGGUGGUGGACACUUUUGGUGUUGUUUACACCUUGCGGAUGAACCGUUACCUGAUGAUUCAGACCCUGUCCCAGUAUAUUUUCCUGCACAGCUGUAUCCUGGACAAGAUCUUGGAGGAACCACUCCUGGGUUUAUCGGGAACUGAGAGGUCCUGCCCCAUCCCACUGAAAAGCUUUGCUCAGCACUACGCCCAGAAGGCGGCCAAGUCCCAUGUGGGCUUCCUGAGGGAGUACGAGACCCUCCUAGAGGUUGUCAAGGAAGAAGCCAGCUCUGCAACACCAUCUUCAGGCAACCAGCAGUCACGACCCUCUUCUAGCAUCCUCCCAUACGAUCGCUCCAGAGUGAAGUUUUCUCUGCUGGAACAGGGCCCUUUCUCAGGUCUCCUGCAGGUGUGGCAUGUCCCGGGCUGCAGCUCCAACAGGGAGUACCUGGCUGUCCAGGGGCCUGACAAGUUGACCAUGGAGGACUUCUGGACCCUGGUGUGGGAACAAGAUGUUCACACCAUCCUAACACUUCUGCCAUGGCAGGAGAAGGGGGAGAUAAAAGCUGAGAGAAUCGUGGAUGUCUACGGGGUGACCCUCCAGCUGACAAGGAGCUGCUGUCUCAUGACGCCAACUCUGGACCAGUACAUGUUCCUGUACACCUGCAUCCGCGACAUCAUCGCACAGAAACAGCCCUAG